AUGGCCUCCUCCUACCAGUCCACCCGCUUCCGCAGAGCAAACCCGCCCAAAGACUCCCCCGCCCCAGACCCCCUCCGUCCAAAGAUCGCACAGCUCCAGGAGCUCUUCCCGCACUGGUCCGACGAAGAUCUCCGCUCCCUCUUGACCGAGCUCAACGGCGACCUCGAGCUCGCCGCAACCAGAAUCACCGACGGUACCGCCGAGCAAUGGGGUAGCGUCACCCGCAAAAAGGACAAGCGCCCCUCCGCCCCUCCUGCCCACUCCCGCGACCCCCUCGCAGCAAGGGAAAGAGGCGACUCCCGCGGCGCCAGAGGUGGCCGUGCAACCAGAGGCGGCCCCGCUCGUGGCGCUCGUGGUCCAACACGUGGUGUCCAUCGCGACACCCAACCCGUCCACACCCCCUCCACCAGCCUCUCGGCCCUCCCCGCCACCACCACCACCACCACCACCACCACCACCACAAACACUUCUUCCGACUCGGCUCCCACCACUUCCUGGGCCGACGUCGUGGGCGACGCAAACGGCCAUUGGGGAAACGACGCCGCACAAACUGACUCUGCAUCCACAACCGCAUCCGUCGCAUCCUCCACCGCAACCUGGGGCACAGACACAACCGUAAACGGCCCCUCGUCCCCUCCCGUCGUCUCCCAGCCCGCCCCAUCCACCCGCCCUCAAGCAAAGACACCCGCAACGUCAAAGCUAUCGUGGGCUCAGGUCGCUCGCCCCGUGGAAAAACCCACCGCACCCCCUCCUUCCGCUCCUUCUGCCGCACCCCCUCCUCCCCCAGCUCCCGUCUCCGCGCCCCCGCCCGCACAGGAUUCCGCCCCACCCCCAGAGCCAGAGCCAGAGUACGUCCCCGAACAGCAAGGCUGGGAGGAGCCCACCACCGUCCAGCCCCCCACCUGGGACGACGAGCCCCAGUCGAAGCCAUCCAUCUCCGCCACCGAGCCCUGGGUCACCUCUGUCGAGCCAGAGACAGCCGAUGAGCCCAUCGUGCACGAAGACGAACCGAUCUCGCCCGUGGACUCGGCACCCGCUUCCGAACCGGUCGAGGUCUCCCCCGCACCACAGGUGCAGGCCCCUCAGCCCGUGAAGGACCACGAAGUGUCCGUCGAGUCUCCGCCCACCAAAGCCUCGCUCCCUGCCGUCCAGGCCCGGCCCCUGUCGGCCGCACACCGUCACAGCGCUCGCUUCAAGACCGACCAGGCCGUCGUCAUGCCCAAUCACUUCAGCACCGCCAUCGAGAAGAUCGGCAUGCAGUUCGGCAGCCUUGGCCUCGGAGGCGACGAGAUCGCGGACGCACAGCCUGAGCCGGCCGUCUCGGCCUCUGAGCCCGCCGAGUCGCCUGUCGUUUCGGAGCAGCUACCGCAACCCGCCCCUCCCAUCCAGGCUCCGGAGCCUCCCCCCUCUGCGUCCCCGUCGGUCCCGUCAUCCCUCCACUCCGCACCCAGCCUGUACCAGCAGGCCAUCCCCCAGCAGGCGCAACAACCCUCCGUCUCCCAGCAUUCCAUCCCCUCGUCCAUCUCCCAGCCUGCCGUCCACAGCCAAGUGGCUCCGCCCUCGGCCCCCAUCGCGGCCUCCCCCAUCACCGCCUUCCCCCACCAGCAGAACGUCUCCCCCCCGUCGCUCCCCACCCACCAUCAGCCUUCCCACAGCCAGUCCCAGCACCACCAAUACGCGCAACACGGCCUGCCGACGCACUUUGAUCCCGCGCAGAGCCAGGUGCAGCACUCGCCGCACCUCCCGCAAGCGAACCAGCCCCAGCAGAGCGUCGCCGCGCACUCGUCGUACUUCCGCCAGCCCGAGGCCCCGUACUUUCACGCGCCGACGCCGCCCGCCGGCCAGGCCCAGGAGAGUCCCUACGGCUCGUUUGGCCAGCUGGGCGCCCAGGUGCAGCACCAGGCCCAAGCCUCGCACCUCGGCGGCUUUAGCAGCGCCGACUACGGCUACGGAGACAGCCAAAGGAGCUUUUACGACUCGUACGCCCAGCAGACCGGGUUCGGGAACCGCGGCGUGCUGACGCACGACGACGUCAAGGGGCUGCCGGGCCUCCAGCAGCAGGGCCCCGCCUCCGCGGGCCUGCCGCCCAACUCGGCACAGGCGGCGGCGGCGGCGGCGCAACAGCACGCGCAGUCGGCGCAGGCAGGCGCGCAGCCGCAGCCCGCGGGCGGGCAGGGCCCCCAGCAGGGCUACCCGCCGCCGAUGCCGUACUACAACCCGUACCCGCAGAGCCAGUACUACGGCACGCCGUACAACUACGGGUACGGCGUCCCGCAGCCGUUCGUGAAGUACCCGACGAUGUUCCAGCCGGGGCCGCCUGCGCCGGGCUCGGCGCCGUCGCCCGCGCAGAAGCAGGGCCCGAGCGCGGUGAACCCGCAGUCGAACCCGUACGGGCAGGGCCUGUACGCGCAGCAGCAGCAACAGCAACAGCAACAGCAGCAGCAACAACAACAGCAGCAGCAGCAGCAGCAUCCGUCGGCGGCGUACGACGACCUCAGCGGGUACCACGCGCAACACUCGCACGCGGCGAGCGUCGGCGGGGGCAUCCCCGGCGCGAGCGAGUACACGAAGCAGCUGUAUGGCGCGCAGGCGAUGCAGGGGUACCUCGGGCUCGGGCCCGCGGCGGGCGGCCCUGCGGGGGGCGCGCCGAUCGGGCAGCGCGCGGGGGGCGGGGCGUCGCCGGAGAACGCGUACAAGCCGUACGCGCAGGGCGUGAAAGACGUCGGCGCGGGCGUGGGCGUCGGCGUCGGCGUCGGCGUGGGCCAGGGCGGCGUCGGGGUUGGGCAGCCGCAGGGCGGGCGCGGUGUCGGGCAGCAGCAGCAGCAGCAGCAGCCGCAGCACGCGCAGCACCAGCAGCACCAGCAACAGCACUCGCAGAACGGGUACUAUGGCGCGACUCGGUACGCGUCGGGCGGGGCGGGGGUCGGGGUCGGGCCGCAGGGGCAGCAGGCGGGGGGGCAGCAGCAGCCGCAUCAGGGGGGGCAGGGGGGACAGGGGCAGGGGCAGGGGGCGCACCUUGGGUAUCCGCAGGGCGCGUCGGACGGGACGGCGGCGUUUUACGCGUACCAGAGGCAGCAGCAGGGGUAUUGGCAGUGAGCGUGCGCGGGGGCGGGGUGGUGGUCGGCCCGGCUCGCUCGUUUGGCGGUGGUGGCGACGGCUCGUCCUCGUGCGCUCUGGCUUCGGCGCUUUUCAGGCAACUUUUUCCACUGUUCCAUCAUCGUUCCAAUUUUUCUUUUUCUUUCUUCUCUGUUCUCACUUCUUUUCUCGCGCUCUCUCUGUGCAUCUCUCUGUGCAUCCGUCCGUCCGUCUCUCUCUCUCCUUCUGCUCGCUUGUCAUCGUACCGCACCGUACCGUACCGUACCGUUUCGUUUCGUUUCGCUUCGUUUCGUAUCGUAUCGUUUCGUAUCGUAACAUACCGCACAUCUCUGACUCGACGCUCGACGCUCGCGCUCGCGCUCCUCAUCAUCUUGUAACGUUUAUCGCCACGUAGCACGUACGUCGCGCGGGCCGAGCCCCCGCGCGCGUGCGUAAAAUGCAUGAACACGACGCAGCAUGCGCAC